UAGUUCACAUCUAAAGUCUUAGCGCAAAGUUUUUGAAUAAUUUCACAUAUUUCAGAGAAUCAUAUACUAAAUUCAAUUAUAAAACAUGAAGACGAUUGUGGUAUUUUCUGUUUUGUUGGCUGUUGCAUCAGCCAGUUCCUUGUAUUUGGCUCCAGCUCCUCUCUUAGUUCCAGCAGUUUCAAAUCAAUAUCAUUCACAGGACGGUAUCGGUCAGUAUGCUUACGGAUAUAACGACCAAUUGUCCUCGAAGCAGGAAACCAAAUCCCUCAAUGGAAUCACUCAAGGAUCAUACAGCUAUCUUGACUCCAACAACGUUGUCCAAACUGUUGACUAUGUUGCUGAUGCUGGUGAUUUCCGAGUUUCCGCAACCAACUUGCCAAAACCUGUAGAAGCUCCAGUCAUUCCCACUCAAGAUUUACCAAAACAAGUCGAAGAAACUUAUGAAGUUGCUGCAGCUAAAGCUGCUCAUUUCGCAGCCAUUGAAGAAGCAAAGAAACAAAAUGGUUACCAAUCAUCCGAAGUUGUAAUGCAAGCCCCCCAAGAACUGCCACGUCCAGUUGAAGACACUCCUGAAGUCGCCGCUGCCAAAUCUGCUCAUUUUGCUGCCAUUGAAGAGGCCAAGAAACAAAAAGCCGCACCAGUUGUCAUUCCCGUUUCGAUGGAGCUACCACGACCAGUCCAGGAUACACCUGAAGUUGCCAAAGCUAAAGCUGAACAUAUGAUUGCUAUCGAGCAGGUGAAACUGAGGAACUCCUAUGCCCCUUUGCCCUUAAUAGCAGCUUAUAGCGCAUUGCCCUUCCCUGGCACAGGUGGAUUCUCGUAUUCGUCAAGUAUUGGCAACUAUCCCGCUGUACAAUAUGUUCGCUACGUUUGAAUCUUAACUGGUUAACUUAUAAGGCUUGGAUCGAUUUUAAAAAUGCAAUGUUUGAAUUUCCAAUAAACUUAAAAAAUACAAAA